AUGGCGUCAGUGCUCCCGAAGCGACGGCGAACGAAUGUCGUAUCUCUGACCGGUGCGACUGCCCCAUCUGCGCCGGCGUCAGCGCGCUUUCCCGGAGUCGCCAUCUACCUGGCCGAGUCGCGCAUGGGCCGCAGCCGCCGUGCCUUUCUCACCCGCCUGGCGCGCUCAAAAGGCUUCCGCGUCCUCGACGUGUACAGCUCCGAGGUGACACACGUGGUGAUGGAGCAGACCUCAGCAGUGGAAGCUGUCUGCUGGCAGGAGCGCAAGGCAAUGACUGCUCCCUCAGAUCGGACCCCCUCAACACUGCUGGACAUGAGCUGGUUUACAGAAAGCAUGGCUGCUGGGCAGCCUGUGCCUGUGGAAUGUCGGCACCUCCUAGAGGUAGCCAAGCCCAGGAUGGAGUUUCCCAGCCCAGCAGGGGUGCCGCCCUAUGCCUGCCAGCGUUCUACGCCCCUCACCCACCACAACACCAGCCUCUCGCUGGCUUUGGAGACACUGGCAGAGGCAGCAGGCUUCGAAGGCAGUGAAGGCCGCCUCCUUGCAUUCCGCAGGGCAGCCUCUGUGCUCAAGUCCCUCCCCAGCCCCAUCAGAGCCCUGAGGCAGUUACAAGGGCUUCCCCACUUUGGAGAACACUCCUCAAGAGUUGUCCAGCUCUUCACCCAGAUCUUUGGGGUUGGGGUGAAGACUGCUGACCGGUGGUACCAGGAAGGGCUACGGACUCUAGAUGACCUCCUCAAGCAGCCUCAAAAACUGACCCAGCAGCAGAAAGCAGGGCUCCAGCAUCACCAAGACCUGAGCACCCCAGUGCAGCAGCAGGAUGCGGAGGCUCUGCAGCAGCUGGUGGAAGCAGCUGUGGCACAGGUCCUGCCUGGUGCCACUGUCACAUUGACUGGGAGCUUCAGGAGGGGGAAGUUGCAGGGCCAUGACGUGGACUUGCUAAUCACUCAUCCUCAGGAAGGCCAGGAGGCAAGGCUGCUGCACAGAGUGGUGGGCUAUUUAAAGAACCAGGGCCUCAUCUUAUACCACCUCCACCAGCACAACCAUUAUGGGGACCCUACCCACCUGGCAUGGCAGAACCCCACCAUGGAUGCCUUUGAAAGGAGUUUCUGCAUUUUCCGCUUGCCACAAUCCCCAAAGGUGGCUGUAGCGGGCGCCCAGAGGCCCCGCCAGGCCUGGAAGGCUGUGAGGGUAGACCUAGUGGUCACUCCAGUCAGCCAGUUCCCUUUUGCCCUGCUUGGCUGGACAGGCUCCAAGCAUUUUGAACGGGAGCUGCGCUGGUUCAGCCGGAAGGAGAAGGGGCUGUGGCUGAAUAGUCAUGUGCUCUUUGACCCAGAGCAGAAGAAGUUUUUCCAUGCGACUUCAGAGGAGGACAUCUUCAGACUUCUGGGCCUGGAGUACAUCCCCCCUGAGCAAAGAAAUGCCUGA